UUGAACGUUAAACGUUCGCACGUACCGAGCAUAAAUUCCGAGUGAAAUAAAAGAGCCGGAACGAACAAAAAACAAGAAAAACGUAACCUUUUAAAACAGAAAAAAAAAAACAAAAAGAGAAAUACCCCGAACGUUUCAAAGUGGGGCGCAAAAUGGUGAAAAUCGUGAACCAACACUGUGAUCUAGGCCUGGUCCUACUCCUCGCCUGGACAUGGCUAACAAGGCUGGUGGUUUCGGCCCACCUGCCCCUCGAAGUGCCCAGCCCAUCCCGCCUGGCCGCCGAAAGGGAGGAGCAGCAGCUGUCCCAGCAGAGUGUGGGUCUCAGCUACCAGAGCAUCCACCGGAUGUUGAGGGACGAAAACGAGCCGGCCAGCUUUCGGGGGGAGCUGCGAUACCAGCAGAGGCGCCACAAAAGGGAGCUGGAACUAAAUGCUCCGGCGAACAAACUGAAUCUCACCCACCGCGACUUGAAAACCUUUAAUAGCUCUAAUGGUCAGUGGAAGGGGGACUUCCAGGUGAUCACCGCCAUGGAUCUGAGCAGCAAUCGACUCGGAAGCCUCAGUUUGGACAACUUCAAUCAGCUGAGGCAGCUCGAUUUGGGCAACAACUCCCUGGAGGUUGUACCCCUGAGCCUAGCUGACACCAACAAAUCACUUCCCCUCGUCACACUCGAUCUCUCCUGCAACAACUUCAGCCACAUCUCCACGAGCUUCUUCUCGCAGCGGUUACCUGAGCUGAAAAAUCUCAACUUGGCUCACAAUCGAUUGGUGAACAUUUCCCGGGAGUCAUUCUACAACUUGGUGGAGCUGCAAACAUUAAUUCUCAGUCACAACAACAUUUCGGACAUAGACUACGAAACAUUCCUGGCUCUGCCGAAUCUGCAGCAUCUGGAUUUAUCCCACAACCGAUUGAGUGGCUCUGCCAUACGAGCUCUACAGGGGAUUCCGGAUCUGGUCAGCCUUUCGAUUGCCUACAAUCCGGAAGUGGGGGUGGCCAUGCAGGAGUUCGUGGCCUCCUGGAGUCUCAAGGAGCUGGACGCCAGCGGCACUGGUUUGUGCCAGGUUCCCGCCGCCCUGGCCCAAUCUGUGAGGACUCUCAAGUUGGCCGACAACUGGCUCAAGGCAAUCAAUUGCGGCGACAUGGACAGCUACCCCCUGCUGCAGUACCUCGAUCUCUCGCAAUCCCGCAUUGCCCAAGUGGAGGACGACGCCCUGGGGCGACUGGAGCUUCUCGAAUCCCUGUUCCUGGAUCACAAUCUCCUAAUGCGAGUGCCCAGUAGUCUGCCGCCCUCGCUGGAGCACCUGUUCCUGCAGCACAAUCAGAUAAUGGAGCUACCGCCUCAGGUUUUCGUGGGUCUGGUCAAUUUGCAGACCCUGGACCUAUCCAACAACCGUUUGAUCUUUCUGCCCGCCCUUUCGCUGCCCAAAUUGCUCACCCUCAACCUGCAAUCUUCUGGCGUGGAGAGCGUUAGCCAAUCGAUAGUGCACACACUGCCCCAGUUGAGGGAUCUCCUGCUGGAGGACAAUCCCAUCAAAUGCAGCGAUUUGCUGGCCAUUGCCGAGUGGGCCAGUCCUUGCAGGUCGGUGGAUGUGGGUCAGCCGAUUGGGAGGAAUGCCGGUGGGCGGGUGGACUUGAAGACGGAGUAUCUGCAGUUCCACAAUUUUCACGAGAACUUCAGCAGGCGAGGGUUGUGCGGCAAGGGGAAACCGGAAGAUGACACAAAGCCACCUUCUUGCAGCCUCACAAGUGCACAAGUGGAAACACUAACAACAACGUCGGGAACUGUGUCAAAAGUUAAAAAGUCAAAGGAAGCAGACACGGCAGCAGCAGGAGCACAAAAAACAGCAGCAACACAUACGACAGAGGCAGCAGCAACAUCAACAGCACCAGCAGCAAUCCCAACAGCAACAUCAGCACACCCAACAGCAACAUCAGCACACCCAACAGCAACAUCAGCAAUGCAAUCAGCUGGCAACAGCGUUGCCCAGUUAACCACAAAAACUUUGCGGCCAACAGAAACAACUUCGUUAGAGCAACUGCAGCAGCGGCAACAAACGCCUGGCAUGCCGGCCAAAACAACAGCAAUGCCAGCCAAGAACCUGCCAAGUUUUACCCAGACAAAGGCAACAACAGCGGUUCCCAUUGUGGCAGUGCCAGCAGCAACAUCAGCCACGGCAACAGCAACAUCAGCAACUGCAACAGCAACAAAAGCAAUAAAUUCCAACGAGCCAGCGAACAUUAGUGGUGCCACAAAAACAGCAGCAACACCAACCGAACAACCAGCAAUUGAAGUGCCACAAACAAUUUUGGCUGGCAAAAAAUCUGACAAAAUGCCAGGCGAUAAGGCACAGGGGACUUUAUUAAAAUACCCACCAGCGCCAGCGACACCGGGCGACAAGGCAACCGGUCAAGCGGAAACACCGAAGCACAAACAUGCAACAUUGCAGCUGCACGUUAAGGAUAGACAUCUGAUUGGCACACCGCUGCUGAUGCACAAGGGCGAUGUCCUCUUGGUGGACGCCGAGCAGUUGCUGCUCCCCGGAACGGCCACCGUGGCGGAUGCGGAAGUCUUGGACUCCAGCCAACAGCAUCUGUCGGCGGAGCAGGAACGGCACCAGUCAGCGGCUGAGCGAGCAAUAAACGGCGACUCCAAGUCGCCGCCAAAAAGCCACAAGAAGAAGCCAUCGCUGAGCAUCAAGAAGAUGACCUACAGUACCAAACAUGCGGAGAAAAAGGCUAAGGAUGUGGGACCCACCUUGAAUCCAUUGCCACCUCAGCACCAGCACAGCAGUGUCAACACUCCCAGGGAUGCCCCUCCGGAGGAGCUCAGCACCUUUGCCCAGCUAAAAGCCUAUGUGGAGCUGAAAAGCGAAUCCAAGCCGGAACAUCUGAUGGAUCAGCGGGAGGAGAACCUGCACAAUCUCACGGGAAAUCAGCCAGGUGUCAUGUUGCUGGUGGCCUGUGUGUUAUUUAUAGUACUACUAGCAGGUUUGGCCCAUGUCUAUCGCUGUGAGCUGCCCUGGCAGAGGAGCAAUCGGUCUGGGCAACUAAGACCGCAUCAUCAGAGGCAUCUAAAUGAUACAGACGAUGCCCACAGCUUCCUGCACUAUCAGGGAUCCGUGAACUCUUCAGGAGAUCCUGCUCGCCUGCAAAAGUGGCAUCACAGCACCCGAAGAGAGGCUCCCUACAGCUCUCCGCUGCACAACCUCCAAGCUCGUGAGCUGCAACAGCAGCGAUGCCAGCAGUUCUACAGCUCGUCGCUGGCGGACAAGAGCUCCUCCACCACCACAUCCUCCGCUUCCUCGUCGGGCAGCAGUCGCAGUAGCCUGCACUCGCCCAGCCGAGAUGACAGCUACUACAUAGAGAUGGCGCCCAGUAGUCCAACCGCCUCCACCCUGCCCAGUUUACCCAUGGAGUUGCUGGGCAGCAGGAGUAGCGGUCUGGGAAUCCGGUCAGAUCGAGUGGCUGCCACCGAUCUGGGCGGCACCACAGCGGCGUCGGUACCUUCUUCGGCGGCGGCCAUCAAGUCGGUGAGCAGCAGACUGAUGGCCCCCAGUUCGCGGAGGCUGGGCAUCUGGUGACAAACCGUCUUUGGCCAGCGACAAUACGCGCCCUUUCAGUAGAGUAAAAGUGUAAGGUUUAAGGGAGCCCAACCGACAAUCGCCAGCUGCCAAAUGAGUCAAAGGGCUAGGACUUGCUUAAAAAAAUCAAUGCUUAACUAGCUAUCAAGAUGUCACUGUUUAAAAUAGCUCAGAGUCUAAGGCAUUUACACUUCUAGUAAAUUUCUUAUAAAGUCGAGUUUUUUUGAUUUUUAGAAAGUUCAGCAACUUGUCGUCUUACGAUUAUAAAAUAUCAUUAAGGAUUAGUAUUUUUCUACCGCCUAUUUUUUGGACGCUAAAAGGUUUGAAAUAAAACCGUCAAGAGAACUCCAAAAAGAGAAGCAUAAAUGCCAGCAGCUUUAUUACGUGGAGUUCCUUGGCUCCUGGCUUGAUUUAUGAUGGCUCAGUAGCCACACGCUGCAGGCCUCUUAGCGAUUCGGUUAGCAGCAACAAUUUGUCAUAAAUUCCUGUUACGAAUACGCCACAUAUAACCGGGCAAUGGCGGCAGGGCGACGAGCGUAGACAAGCGGCCAAGCCAAAUGGCCAAAUGGCCAGGGAGCCAAAUAGCCAACGCCAGCAAAGUUUUUACGAGCCAUCCGAAGCAAAGUCGAUGUCCAUCUUGCGGUCGUAUUUGGGUCAGUUUACUGGCCAAGAGACCACCGUGUGCGGCCCAGUUAACUUUAUAUAAGUGCCUGUCCGUUUGCCAAGAUUAAGUGUUUUGAUAGUCAUGCAUAUAAAAAUGAAAUAUCGAUCAAGUAUUAAAUAACAAUUUAGUUUAUGACAGAACCAAUUCAGUAAUCAGAAGUUGUGCGCCAGCAGAUGCUGAGCCAGGCGGAUAAAUCGAAGGAAAUUGGUCGAGAGUAAAUUCAAUAUGGUAGUGGAGGCAGAGCAGGGAUAUAAUUUCAUCCAAAUUGGUAACUAUGUGUGACAAAAAAAUUAGAAAAUUUAUUAUACGAAGACCUCUGAAACUCACUUUCCAGACUGUUUUUUUACAAAUAGGUAUACAACUCCAGUAAAACAUUUUCCCUAACCGCACUUUCGAGUUUCCAACUUUCAAGCCUUUUCCUUCUCCUGUUUAUUACCCUUCAAGACUUCCUGUUCUCCUAAGCUCAAUGCUUGGCCAGAUCUUAACCCACUUUUCCAGCUGCUUUAGAUGCCAGAGUUUAAAUUGCAAUCUAAUUAAAGUUUCGCCCCUGUUCCUUCGACAAUUUCCACCCACCCUCUGCGAUGGCAGAAGUGUUUUUUGCUAUCUUCGCUGGCAUCUAGCACUCUACACCCCAUUCGAAGAUGCUGGGGGAAAACCUCCCUUGGAAUCAGACCCGCACUUAACCUCAUUUUACAAAUUGACCAACACAACAUAUGGUGUAAAUCCAGCCAAAUGGCCAGACAUCUAAUCCGCCACGCCAAAAGUGAAAUGUUGUAAAACUAUUUGGGGGCUAUCUGCCGAGGCCACAUGUAUCUAACGGACAUCAAAAUAAUGUGGCAGCAAAUCAAAUUACAAGACACGCGGCUGGAUCUCCGGGGUGGCAACAUGGUUAGGGGAAGGGCCAAAGGAACGUUGGAGGAGCAUAGAACACAACAAUUACAUUAAGACACGAUAAAAAGUUGUGCAACAAUCUUGCGACCCCAACCACUGAACUGAACCGAACUACGCCGAACUGAGUAGAACUGAAGAUGUGAACACACCACCUCCACAAUCCCCACCUCCUCCAGAAGGACGAACCACAGUCAUUGCACAGCUUUUUCAACUUUUUGUGGCUUUGUAAUUGGAAUACAAGAAGAAGGCGCGUGCACACAAGCGACAGCAACAGGAAACAGUCGGAGAAAGUGAAGUGGAGAGAGCUAGAUUCGGGUUAGAAAGCACUCAGGAAAAUAAUGAGUUCUUAUGGACUCGAAUAGGGACACCCGAUAAAAUAUGAGAUUUACUUAGAUCUUGGGAAUAUUUAUUUAAACUGCAUAUCUUUAAAACUUAUUGGUAUCUUUACUUUGAUAUCAAGUUUUUUCAUAGACAAGAAUUCAUCUAAGUUUGAACUUUAAAAGUUUUGUUUAAAAAACUUAUCAAAUUUGGUUGUUCAAGUGUAAUAUUUAAUUGACAACUUGAGCAGUACAUCAAACAAACUUACAGUUUAUAUAUGGAUCAAUGGCAGAGUCAUUAUUGAUCCCUUCUUAAGAUUUUCAAAUUUUACAAUCCUCAGAUAUUUCAAAGUUAAACAUUGAGCAAUCAAUCUAAAGUAGAAAGUUCGAUACCCAAUUUUGUCGAAGUGCAGAUAGACAAAACUUUCCUUUGGGAGGGGAGGUUGGAAGGCGUUCAAGCAGAGUCCGCUUAAGCAAUUCUGAAGGAUUUAUUUUCGGCCACAAAAGCGAAAUGCCCGACAAAGCGCUCCGAACAACAAUUAAAGUAAUGCUGACCAACAACCCACGCCCGGCUGGGUGGGAUUAGGCAAUGAUGGCCGAGAGCUGGCGGGGAGUCCUUCCUCCUCUUUGGGCCUGCUCCUUCGAGUGCUCGAGUGCUCUUCCGAUGCCAGGACGCACAAAAUCUUAAUUAAGGAACUUCCACUUCCAAGUGGAAGCAAGUGUGGGGCAUUUUUUGAGCGUUUCGCACGAGGACCGGACCUUUUUAUUCGACGGCCUGCCAGCACAGCACAAAAUUCGCCUACAAAAGAAACCCUGCGGCUUGGGUGACCCAGAGAGUCCGAGGUCCGAAGUCCGGUUGGAUUUAGUCCUGGGGCAUUGUCAAAUUUAAUGAAGGUUUCCCUUUCUCGGGACUUUUUGCUUAUGACACUGGCCAGCUGGCCAAGAUUUAGCAAGUUUUCCAGCCGAGGAGUACCCAGUGAAAUGAGUUAAUUCGAUAUUUGACACUUUCGGAGCUCGCAUUCCACACAAUCUCGGUGUGUGAUGGCAUCCAGAUCCGGAGGACCCUCGGCUUUUGUCUCCCUGCGCAGUUAAUAAAGUUGGUCCGGGCCAGAACGUAAUUAUUUGCCUGCUAAAUGGCUUUUGGACGACAUUUGGGGACCGUAAAUGGGGGCGAUUUAGAAAAUUAUGUGAAAAUAAGUUGCCUUUUGUUUGGCCAUUGGCCGCUGGGCAUUGGCCGUUGGCCGUUGGCAGUUGGCGGUUGUUGGGAUCGUAAAUAACGCUCAUAAUUGGGCAGACUCGAAAAGUGGUCGACGGCGGUGGCGGGAGAAGGCAAACAGAACUCGAAACAAACAUCUCGGCCGUAUGGAUAGCAAACAAUAAUUAAACUUAAUUGCGCUGUACAUUGAAACGUCAAACUGUAAAUUAUAGUUAUUAACAUUUACUUGUAGCAAAGUUUACUUGAACUAACAUCUCAACUCUGAAUAUUGCAUGUACAAUUUCCAUAGAGUGUGUGUUUAAAAUUUACCAAAAACCAAACAAGGAUUUAAAGUAAAAUAGAACAAAGCGACACAAAGCCAGGAAAAUACAAUUCGAGUAACGUUAAUAUUUGCAUUUAAUUUGUCGAAAAUCAAAGUAAAAUGCGAUAAAAACCCACAAUAACAACAAAACUAAUUGCCAAAUAUUUGACGUACAGUUUGUAGCGUUAGCCAUUAAAACCCUUAUAUGUACGGUUACAUAUAUAAAUAUAUAUUAUAUAGAAACAAAGAAGGACAAAAAAAAAAAACAGAUACAUUCUAGCGUAAAGCCGAGCAAACAAUUAUUAAACAAAUACUUCUAUUUACAAAAAACCAGCAAAUAUUUAGUUAAGCCAAAAUGACGCGCAGCAUUUUAAUUAAACAACAUAAAAUCGAGAAAUCGAGAAAAUAAACAAAGAAUAUUCCCCAAAAAAAUAUCUGCUGGAGGAGAAGUUCCAAAUAUAUAUACACAUAUAUAUAUUAAUGUUAGAUUUAGUGCUGCCAAAAUUGUAGCGUCAAGGGUUGAUAAAACAAACUAAAGGUUACAUGGAUGAAGAUUAAAAAUAACAGUAGUAUUAAGCGAAAUGUAUUAUUGAUAUAGCAAAUAUGGAUAGCAAUUAAAAGUGUAAAGAUAAUAUGGCAAACAUUUUAUGAAAUCUUCUCGAAAAACCCAACACAAUUUUAAUGCAAACAAAAUAAAACCGAAAAAAUGUGAAAAUAAUAAAAUUGAGAAAUUUAAUUUGAAAG